UCCGUGUACUGUGGAAAGGCACGUUGCAGUGGUGCACGGCGUCUACGCCCACUGAGGUGCCGCUGCUCAUUUUCCUGCGGGAAACACUCAUCACGGCACGGCAAGCAAGAAAAAGCAGGCAAGGCAGACAGGCUGGAAGGGAAAGAUCAGGCGCGUCCGAGUUCCAUCAGCGACGUACAUCGUGACAAAUGAUGGCCCAGCACUGAAAAACGACAAGGCCGCCGGGUUGCUUCGCUCUGUCACCGCUAAAGCCCGUUGUUGUUGUGUGCGUGCGUGUGUGUGUGAGAGUGCUUGCGUUUGAUGUGUAUGUGUGAUUUUAUGAUUUCCACCCCGGACUUUAGCCGCCAUUAGAGCCGAAGCCACCCCAUGCCAGGAAUGGAAUUCGUAUGACUGGACUGAUUACCGGAGGACCGCUCUUGUCAACCUGCCGAGGAAAUCGACGUGAGCUCUUGGUCGCCUGCUGCCUCGACGCUGCCGCAGACAGCGACACUACCACACCGCUCGGAUCGUUAAAAGCCUACCGCUGUCCGAACCUUCCAGCACCUGGACACAUCGAAACCGCUCUGUCUGCUGGCUGUGUAUAGAUAACACGAACGUGCCACCGUGUGCUUCUUGCUGCCUGUAUAAUGCCGACACAUUUGCGUUUCCGGAGAAGGUCAUACCUUGGACUUUUAUUCCUUUUUUCGCUUUCAACCUCGGCACUGUAUUUCAUCUACUCCGCACCUGGUAUCGUGAACGAGUAUGUGUUCAUGGUCCAAGCCAGAGGGAUCCGGAUCAGAGAAAAUGUGAAGAAUAUCGGUGCUCAGGUCCUGGAGCAGGUGGUGAGAGGUGCCUACAGCAAUGGCACAGAUUACUCUUAUGACUUUAACAUGAGUGAGAGUGAUGCCCCUCCCACUGCAUACCUCCCCGAGGGCUUCACGUACCUCCACUCACAAGUUUGCCCUGAGAAGCUACCCUCUAUGAAGGGUAGGUUGGAGGUGAAUAUGAGUGAGGUGUCACUGGAAGAUGUGGAGCGAUCACUGCUGCAAGAGACUACUAUUGCCCCAGGAGGCCACUGGAAGCCCAAAGACUGUUUACCUCGCUGGAAGGUGGCAAUCUUAGUCCCGUUCAGGAACCGACAUGAGCAUCUGCCCAUCCUCCUGAGACAUCUCGUGCCAGUGCUGCAGAAACAGAGGCUCCAGUUUGGCUUUUAUGUCAUUGAGCAGGCCGGCACAGAGCCGUUUAACCGAGCCAUGUUGUUCAAUGUGGGCUACAAGGAGGCCAUGAAGGAUCUGGACUGGGACUGUCUGGUGUUCCAUGAUGUGGACCACCUCAUGGAGAAUGACAGGAACUACUAUGGCUGCACGGACAUGCCCAGACACUUUGCAGUCAAGCUUGACAAGUACUCGUACAUGCUUCCGUAUAAUGAGUUCUUUGGCGGUGUCAGCGGCCUGAGAGUGGGACAGUUCAAUAGGAUUAAUGGAUUUCCUAAUGCAUUCUGGGGCUGGGGAGGAGAGGACGAUGACCUUUGGAACAGGGUGCUGUAUGCCAAUUACACCGUAAGCAGACCACACGGAGAGCUGGGGCGCUACAUGUCCAUUCCACACCACCAUCGCGGAGAGGUCCAGUUCCUGGGGAGGUAUAGUCUUCUCCGCCACUCAAAGGAGAGGCAGAAAGUGGAUGGUCUGAACAACUUAAACUACUCCCCCCUAGUGUCCAAGAGGCCUCUCUACACCAACGUCACGGUCAGCUUGAGCAGAAGUCUUGCACCUGUAGCCGACUACUGAUGUAGGCAGAGCUGGACUGAGAAACCACCUGGGAAUCAAAAGUCCUCUGGGACAUCAGCCAUAUCUCACCAGUUGCGGCACUGCUGAAAAGCUUUUUAGUUUGUUCGUGCUUUCUUUCUUUUGUGGGUAUGCAAAAAAAGAAAAAAAAGGAAGACUCAAAAUACGCGUGCUGGCUAAAUCAUACAAGAAAAUCGGGAUAAAUGCUGCACUUUUUUGUGCCACAGUCCACCACUUCACUCAUCUGGGAUUAUCUAGUCUUCAGUGUCCACAUGCCUUUUGCACCAUUUUGGCCUUCAACACCCAUCGAGUCAUUAAUUUCCUUCAUUGAGUCUGCGAUUAACUCAUCACUGCACUUCAGUUUAAAUUAGUUCUACAAAAUAGGCCGUGAGACACACUUGCCACUCUUGCACGUGCGCAGCAGUUUGACUUAAAAAGUGAUGAUGUGGUCUCUUAUUUUGCUUUUGCACUUCUUAUUACAUGAAUGCAGUAGUCCUGUGAAAAUAUUUGCAUGCACACACACACACACACACACACACACACACACACACAUUUUACCGCGUGGGAGCUUGCAGCUGGUUCUGCAAAACGUAUGCCAAAAUCUACAAAUGAAAAGAACUAUGAAGAGUGUUCAAUCAUCUAUAUGUGAGAUAGUUGAUGCUAAAUUUAGAGUAUAUUAAUACCUUGCUAAUUUCUUACAACUAUAUUUUACCCUGUGAACGUACCAUUUGAAGACUGUGAUAUUUGUGUUUGUGUUGUUGCUUUGGGUGUACAUGGCUGCCAGCGAGUGGCUGUGGGUGGGAGAGCGUUUUCUCGUCCUGUUAGCAAUAAGCCGUAAUAUCACAGAGAUGAAUUUUGACCCGACUGCCUCACCAUACCGAUGCAAUAGCGCAGGUGCUAGCAUACACUCGCAUUGGACUACAGAGACAGACUGCGUAUGCAAAGCUUGCGUUCGGCGCAUCUUUGCCUAAGUCAACACGCCGCCCCAUGAAGGAGGACGUCUUCUCAGAACCUCUGCAUGGCCGCUUUCUUGUCUGAGAGUAUGUUAGCGAGGGAGAGCCUAUGCAAAUGGCUUGUAUGGAUCAAGUUGUCGUGUCAUCAGAGUGAGAGUGACAGGAUUGACUUCAGACCCCACUUUGUUUGCCUUGCAUAAUCACAGACCCAAUUGUGUGUGUGUGUGUGUGUGUGUGUGUGUGUGUGUGUGUGUGUGUGUGUGUGUGUGUGUGUGUGUGUGUGUGUGUGUGUGUGUGAGAUAACCUAAGUUUUCACAUGAGCUAACUGGAGGUAGAGAUACUGUACUUGAUUGCUGUCACUGUCCAGAUGGUGUUUACAGGUGUUUUUUGAUCUAUUUGUCAGAUUGCACAGUGUCCCCCCGCCCACUGUAAACCUCUUUAGCAUUGUAUCGAUGCCUGCCUUCCGUAAUAUUAUUUCAAAACUAAAUACGUCUUUCUCGCAGAUCUGAAUAUUUAAGGCAUCAGCUUCUAUCUCGUCGAUUACCAACCGUGUCAGCUUGUUUUGUCGCGUCGCGAGCGAGUCGAACAUCGCGCACGGACAUCGGCCAGCGUUCUGCUAGUACACGGCGGUCAAAUAAUUGCCCUUCUUUGAUUUAAGUGUGUACUAAAUUGACCACCUCAACUUAAAUAUAUGGGUCAAUGAAAUUAAAAAAAAAAUACAAAUUCAGACAUGCUCUCACUGGCUGUCCUCUCGUCACAAAGCUACUCCAUUUCACUCAUAUUGCCUUGUAUACAUUUUAUUUUUUUGGGUCAUUUUUUUGGGGGUGGUGAAUUACUGUUGUUCCCACAGUGAGGCUGGACCUCUUUUUAUUUAUUUGAUCUCUUCUGGAUUAUUUUCUGUAAUUGUUUUUGUUUUUUAUAAUUUGACAGUUGAUGUGCUGAUGAUGACGUGAUGUAUGACAGGCUGUGUUGGACGCACUGAAUCUUGUAGUCAUGUGUAUUUGUGUGGGGGUUGUGAGGUUCGGAUCCUGUGUUUAUACCUGGGAGCAGCUUUAUUUCACGCAGACGUGAGGUCUGAUGAAAUAAACCGGGACUCAUUUAGGACGGUGUGUGUUCAACUGCUCAGCAGACACGUCUGAGGACGCCAUUUUGUGUGACAACCGCAGGAAGAGCAAGAAAACCAAUUAAUUGUGAGCUUUCCAAUUCUUUCAUUGAGCACCUCCUUUGAAACGGAGUGAUGAUAGCGUUGGCCUGCUUGGGAGUAUUCUUCUCAAAAGUCUCCAUUGCUCUUUUUUUGAAACAAUGCGAAGGACAUGUGCCAGUACCAACAUUCUCAUCAUUCCUGUUAACUAAUACCUCUUGUUGUACAUCUACAAAUCAAACCUAAUCUACAAAUGGGGGGGGGGAUAAUUUGGCACUUCGGUGGAACCUGGGUUUUCAUGAAAUCAUUCCAGAGAAUCUGACUGAAACUAACUCA